UCAUGACUAAAUCAGGAGAUGUCGAUGAUUAAUAAAAGCAUACAAGAAAAUACUAAAAGAUCAAUAAAGAAGAAAGAAAAGUUGUACUCAAACUACUAAUCAAUGACAAACUUUCCCUUUAAGAGGUAUCAAAUAUUGCUAAAAUUAUCAUUAACUAUAACUAAUAUAUAUGAUAUUUUAAUCAUUUAUUUAAUAUAGGUAGCUAAUAGACUUAAACUUAAAUACUGUACUGUUCGCACAAUUUAAAAGGCAUACGAGAAAGAUGGUCGUAUAGGGAAAAAGGAAACCAGAAAGAAGAAGCUAAAGAUUGAGAAUAUUCUGAAAAUAUCAAUCAUAAAUCCAUUCACAUUUUAACUAUCAGAGCCUAUUGUAUCAUCCGAAGUUAGUCAAGUAAAUUUAAAUAUAAUUAUAUAGAUUUAUAUAGAUAAACAACCAACAAAGGAAGACUAAGUAAGUUUAGCUAAAGAAUAGCGUUCUCUUCUUCAAUCACAAUGUUAAAAACUCUAUAUCAUAUUAUCCUAAUAAUUAUAAAGAACUAUGGAAAACCCUAAUCCACUUUAUUAAAGUACUCUACAAAAUUUAUUAUGGGCAUCAUAAUUAGUAAUUAAACAACUUCUAGAAGUUAAACAAUAAAUUAAUGUAAAACAAGAGCAUGAACCUCCUUCCCCUAAUCAAACUUAAUAUCCAUUUCCAAUCUAACAUAAUUUAUACUAAUCAUAAUAUGGCUUUUUAUUACCAAGAAUCAAUUCUUGA